AUGGUUCAAAGUGCUACCGUUGUCUUCUCCAGUCCAUGCUGUGGUGCAAGUGUUGAGAAGCACUUCAAGAACCUGCAAUCAUGGCUGCAGAAAAAAGGGACUCCAUUGGAUGAGACUACCAAGUCUAGGGGUGAUGCAGAGGACUUGAAGGAUAUUACAGGAAGCAACAGAUUUGCCAAACGUUGCAAUGCAAUUAUUUCUAAUGCCCCACUGGACAAGCAUGGAGAGGUCAAUGUGUACCAAUGCAAAGGGCUUAUUGAUCACCUCAAGAAAUACGUUCUGCCAUUUGCUGGAUUAUGGACCGGGAUAAUGCUAGGACCACAGUAUAAGCAGUGCUCCAGGAGAUACAAUGCCCUGAGAAAGCUUACAAGACAAAACAUUACACAGGACAACAAAACUCAAGGAGUAAUGGAAAAGAGUCAGUGGGACUUGAAACAUAUUCGUUUUACUUCUGGCCGGCUCACCAGGCUUGAUGACUUUGUAGCCCAGUAUCGGAUUAGCCACACUGCACUCCUGAAGGAGUAUGAGGACUCCGAAAGAGUUUUCCGAAGGAAGACUUACAGAGUAGAAAAAGAAAUAUGGAAAGAAAAGCAACAGAAAAAAUGGGGAAGAUAUGUCUCAGCAAUUCCCAAGCCUUUCCCUUUCGAGACAUCAAAAAAGAAGUCCUCAGUGUCUGAGGGUCCCAUUGGAAAACAAAUCUCGCCACCACAGCCAAGGUCAUCCCUGGAGGGGGACCAUGAAAACAUUGUUGACAACAAGGCAAAGACAACAGCAACCCCACAGGAUCAACUCACCUCUUUGUGGAAAAGGAGAGACACUGAGGUUGUGGUUUCUGUGAUCCCUACACAAACCAAAGUAACAUCAUUUAUCAUUCAUCACAGUGAACUGUGUACACUUCGGCCACACCAGUGGCUAAAUGGCGAGAUAAUUGAAGCCCUGUUUCAUAUUGCUGCCAGUGAGCUAGAGAUCGGGAAUUCCAUUUACAUUCUUAAUCACUACGUAGCAGGUGUGAUUCUGUUUGGGGAAAAACCUCAGCUUGCCCGGCAAAAAUUGUCAAAGAUUAACUUGAACAAUUACCAGGGAAUUGUUUCUUUUGUGAACAUUGACAAUGUCUAUUGGAAGUUUCUGGUGAGUAGGUGA